AACGAAGAUCUUCUUCAAGGGGAUUUUGGAUCGUCGAAUCUCUAUCAGUUACGAUCUCUGUCUGAUUCUUUACUGGGUAAUUUUUGAAAAUUGGGUGUUUCCGACCGUCGAAUAGAUAUGAACUGGGUUCAACGAAAAAUCUAUCUUUACAACGUCACCUUCGGGCUUUACAUGCUUGAUUGGUGGGAAAGAUACCUUUUCAAUUCGUUGGUGAUAAUCUUGAUGUGGUUUAUUAUGUACAAUGGAUCUCGUUACUUUUCAGAGCUUUGCAAGAGGCAUCUUUCGUGAAACCAACUCAUUGUCAUCAUGCCAUGGAAGCAUGAAGCCGACCUGGUUGUCUGAGACGUGUGCCAAACUGCCAACAAACUCCUUUGUUCUGCCUUCAACCUCCUCCUUUGGCAUAAUUUCUGAUCAUGUAAUUGUCCAUAUAUGUCUCUAUUAUUUAUUAUCAUGGUUUUGGAAUGAGCUUCAUUUGUUUAGUUCUAUAGCCACUUCAAAAUCUUGGGACAGGACCAAAUCAUAUUUAUUGCAUCUUUUGAUGUUUAUAUUCCAUGAACUCAAAGUUAUCAGGUGUUGUCUUGCUACUGUUAGUAAGUUACUCACAGUACUAGAUAAAGGCUUAAGAAUCUUAUAUAAUCUCCAUUUUGUUUUCA